AGCAACUGACAUCGUGACUGCUGACUAUGACGGUAGAUGAAAGUGAUCGAGGGGAGGAGAGCUAAGAAAAAAAAGUUGAAGGGACCUAUCAUUGCAACACUUGUGCGAUAAUCUCAAAACAACGCUGCAGAUAGAGAGAUCUUGCCCGAGACUUGGGGCUAGAUUUUUCGGCACAUCACUUCAUUGAUAGAUCUCAUGGUGGUGAGACCCUCAUAUUUUUCACUCUCUGGUCUGGAAACGACAUUGUCAUACAUGAAAUCUAUGCGAGCUCAUUUUAACACCAUACAGCAGGACAUGUGGAACUGGAAGACAUUUUUAGUUUUUCAAACUUGCAUUUUAGUUUGCAGUUUCUAUUAGUUUGUCUUGGCGUGGGAUUUAAUCUUAGCCUGUUGAGUCGUCAUUUACGGAUUCUAACGCGCGAAAUAUAUCUGUCUGUGCGAUCUUUUAAUUUACCCUGCGGAUUCCCUAUCGUCUGCUUCAUUAUUACGUAUCCAAUAAUAUCGACAGUCUAGGAAGUUACAAAGUGUUUAAAAUCGGGUAAAUUUGAUCUCGAAUUUAUCCGAUCUCACCGAAAAAGUCGGCUUUUUCUUUGGCUGGCUAUGGAUAUUACGAGCCAUACGGCGGACCCACUUUCUCCGAGGGCUAACGCAUUCAGCAUCGCUUCACUUAUCUCGCCGAGCGACAGGGAAGGCGACGAGGACGAGCUGACCGCCGGGACUGGCGGCGUGGUAUGUCAGGACAGUUCCGUUGCGUCUCUUCAAGCCUUGCACGAGGUACAGAACGGAAACGAUUGGGGAUUAAGAUACAACAACGAUUAUCACAACAUGGAAGGAACGAAUGAUUCAAGAACGAAUGGCGACUAUGGUGACACAAACCACCUCAGUGCGGGAAAUCUUAACGGACAGACAGACGUCACCAGUCCCAAUCCAAAGCGAAAGAACUCGGUUAGCGAUCGCUCACAUACGGGCGAGUCGUCCCCUAUGACGUACGGCAGCGAUGGCAGCCCAAGCAGUGGCAGCGGAAUCGGAGGAGACGGUCGACGGGAGAGUUCCGGGGAACAGGAUAUGCAGGCGCUGAAGAAGAGAAGGCAGGCGGAUGAGAAACCGAUGAGUGCGAAAGUCGCAGGGGUCGAAGUUAGAUUAGAGAUGAAAGCGUUAUGGGACGAGUUUCAUUCCUUGGGUACAGAAAUGAUAGUCACAAAGGCAGGCAGACGGAUGUUUCCAACCUUUCAAGUGAAGAUAUCUGGCAUGGAUCCUAUGGCUGAGUAUAUUCUUAUGAUGGACUUUGUUCCAGUUGAUGAUAAGAGGUACCGAUAUGCUUUCCACAGUUCAAGUUGGUUAGUAGCAGGUAAAGCUGAUCCCGAGAUGCCUGGAAGGAUCCAUGUUCAUCCAGAUUCGCCGGCUCGUGGUGCAAUGUGGAUGAAACAAAUCGUAUCAUUUGAUAAACUCAAACUCACCAAUAACCUUCUUGAUGAUAAUGGACACAUAAUCCUGAAUUCAAUGCAUCGAUAUCAACCUCGAUUCCACGUUGUCCAUGUAAGCGGUAGGAAAGACUUUGAGAAUGCUCCAGAAAGAGAUUUCAAGUGUUUCAUCUUCUCAGAGACCCAAUUCACCGCUGUUACUGCUUAUCAGAACCACAGAAUAACACAGUUGAAGAUUGCCAGUAAUCCAUUUGCUAAAGGCUUUAGAGAGUGUGAUCCCGAUGACUGUUAUACCCCGUGCCGAGAUCUGGGGGUAGCUACAUCCAACUACAAGAACAGCUGCCCCCGCAUCAUCGAGAUACUGCCACAUGGCAAUGGGCCACGAGCCCGUAACCACCACCGUCCAAGCUCGCUACAAAUUGUUGGUAUCACAAGGAGUCGUCCGGUACAAAGAUCCCAACAUCAAAACGACAUAACAGACCCUGAGAAACAGCAACAGGUCACACCGUCCGUGGGUAACGCCAACACUCCACCCAUUGCUUCCACCGACAAUGGCACUCCUGCUUUAGCCAACACAGGAGCUCUCAUCAACCCAAACGCAACUGGUUUUCCUGACCUAGCAGCGCCUCCGUGCUCGAUGACCAACGGCACGAUCACGGGUGACAGCACCUACUCCAGCUACCCUACCACAGACAGUCAGUACAACUAUGGUAGUUGUUAUUUUCGCCCCAACACAAGACCGACGCCGUAUACGCGAGAUAUGACUUCAUACAUGCGGGACUCUCGUUAUUGCGCGAACGGUUUGACGUCAUACAUGGGCCGAACGAAUGGUCAGUUCCCUUACGAUCCGUCCGCGAUGACCAUGAUGGGUGGUAUUGACCCAAGGAGAAAUUACACACAGCCAAUGAUGUAGCGACGCCAUCUUGGAUAUUGCCGCAUGUUGAACU